GAUUAAAUUUGACGUUUCAGAGAAAACAAGCCGAAAGAGGAAACUAACAUUGGCGAAUUAUAUUUAUUUGCAGUUAAAAUAAGUGGAUUAUAAGUUAUUUUUACUUCAAGCAGUCCAAACAAUGUUCUGUUGUCUCAAAAACUGCAUGAAUGGCGUUUUACCUCCACAGACGGUGAAAAUUCGUAGAGAACAUGAUCCUAUUCAGCUUGAUACGUCACAUAUGGGACAUGAGGUGGUUGUAAUAAAGAAUGGUCAGCGUGCCUGCGGUUCUGGUGGUGUAAUAACGAAUACACCAUUACUUCAAUCGAAGUCCUAUUUCGAGGUGAAACUGCAGCAAGGUGGCCACUGGUCGAUAGGACUAGCUACACAGCAAGCGGACCUCAAUCAGUCGAAAGGUGGCUUCGAUAAGGAAACCUGGUGUUUGACGUCGGAUAACGUUGUUUAUCACAAUGCUAAACCACUACACAAAUUAGAGAAGAAGGACGAGGGUAUCAAAACUGUACCAACAACGCUAGACAAUGAAGAACCCGUCGUAGGCUCACCACUUGUUAGUGCUUCUGACAUUCCACAAGAGGGUGAUACAAUUGGGGUCGCUUACGAUCAUGUAGAGCUCAAUUUUUAUCUAAACGGAACGAAUCUGAACGUUCCUGUGAUCAACGUUCGAGGUACCGUUUUUCCCUGUAUAUUUGUGGACGAAGGAGCAAUCUUGGAUAUAGUGCUCAAUCAAUUUAAGUACAGUCCUCCUCCGGGAUUCGAACGGAUUCUGAUAGAACAGUCACUCCUGUGAUCUAAACAACUCGUUUAUUUAAUUUAUGUUAGAAAGCAUCGUCUACAGAUAUAAAACGUUAAAACUAUGUUUUCAUUUUGUAACUUUAUGAAUAAGUAACUAAUCUUAUAAUUUUACUACAUAGUUAACAACCAUGACUGUUAAUUUUGAAAAUUGUUAUUCUUAGAUAGCAUGUGAAAAUUUACCAAUGAUCACAUAUCGUUGUAUUCUUAUAUUUAUCGUUACUACUUCUUGUUUCAUUUGCUGGUAGAUAAAAUGCUGUGCUUUUCGAAUGCGAAAAGUCAAAUCACCAAACUAAACCAAACACGUUACAUAUUUUGCUAGCAACUUUAGAAACGCAGACAAAUGAAGCAAUUUUCAAAUAUCUGCUUUUCCACACAUUUUCGCUUAGUCAUAAAACUGUAAGUCUUUCUUACAAUCUCUUAAUUUCUUACAUUGAAAAUAACAAUUACAAAAGCGUAAAGUGUACUGAUUGUGAAUAAAUAGUAUUUAUAUGAAGAA